AUUGUAUUAUUGACUGCGAUGGAUAAGAUUUUGUAUAAAUAGUCAACCGUCUCUCGGAAAAGGUAUCAGUUUCCUUCCAGCUUCAUUUCAAGCAACUUUUCAUCUCAUCAACUUUUGUGUUUUACACACCAACCAACCAAACUUCAUCAUGAACUCCAUCGUCGCUUUGUUGGCUUUCGUCGCCGUCGCUAACGCCGGAUUCUUGGCUCAACCAGCAGUCUACCAAUCUGCCGUCGCCGUCCCCGCUGCUCAAUCCCUCCAAUACAACAACCGAGCCCCAGCUGCCCGUUUGGCCGUCGCUGCUGCCCCAGUCGCAUACGCCGCCCCAGCUUAUGCUGCCCCAGUUGCCACCUACGCCCACGCCGCUCCAGUCGCCUACGCCCACGCUCCAGUCGUCGCCAAGGCCAUCGUCCCAGCUGCCCAAUCUUACAGCUUCAACCAACGAGCCCCAGCUGCCAAGAUCGCCGUCGCUGCCCCAGUUGCCGCUUAUGCUGCCCCAGUUGCCACCUACGCUCACGCUGCUCCAGUCGCCGUCGCUGCCCCAGUCGCCUACGCUGCCGCUGCCCCAGCCGUCGCCACCUUCGCCCACCAAACCUUCUCCACCCCAUACGCCAACUACGCCUGGUAAUUUCUCAAACACCUGGGCAUCAACAAAUGACCCCAUAGAAUGUUCUAAAUUGUUCCAAAUUUCUAAAUUAUUGUUCUAAUUUAUUGUUUGAAAAUUUGAGAAUGUUAUGACUGAAUAAAGAGAUUCGAUAAAUUGCAAAAUUUCAUAA